UGCUGCUGGGGGUCCACCGGUCUCCUUCCUGGGGGAUGAAGCCGGUUUCUUGCGCUGACCCCCUUGCCGUCAGAGGCCCGGAGCGUGGUCCCUGUGCUGCUGAGCUGUGUUUGGGGCCGCCUGUGGGCUGCGGCGGCCUGUCCUCAUCUUCUCCCCCUUUCUCCUUGGCUUUUCAUCCACAGGCUCCGUCCUCCUUCCCCGCGGUGGCCCCAGCCUCCCCGCCAAGCUUCCCGGCCCCCGCCCCAUCCCGGGCCUGCUGCCGCGGAGACCGUGGGCCGUCGCUGGACGGCGCGGCCUCCAGAAGUGAUAGCUAAUUGGGGAGAGAAAGGGCCCAAUUGUCUGGCGGGGCCGGAAGAGCCGCGUGGGCUGCUGAAAGCGCCGGGAGGAGGUGGCCGCUUCGCCCAGCAGCUGCCGCCGGGGAUGUUUGCAGAUUACGUCAGUGCUGGCGAGCAGGGGGCGCGGGGACAGCGAGGGGGGCGGGCUCCCGGCGGCCUCCCGCCCCCCAGGCCCCUGGACAAUGCUGUCAUUGUCAGCACAGAGAGUGGUUAAUUCUGGAUGAAUGGUACACGGGCCUCUUGACCAAGGAGGCUGCUUGUCGUCCCCAGUCUGUCCUCUCACAUGCCAGGGAGGCCCUGGGCUGGAGUCUGGCAGGCAGAUCUGGCCUGCUUGGUGGCACCGGAGAGAACAGGGCAGUCCCUUGGGGGCGCCGGCUGCAGAGGCCCCAGGCUGGACGGAGCUUCCUGACCUGGGUCUGCACGGCGGCCACUUGGCAAUGCCGGGCUAGGGUGGCAGGGCUCCACUGCAUCUCGGUUCCAGGGCACAGGCUGCUGCUGCCCUUUGGGGCUGACCUCAGGCAUGACCUCCUGGCCAGGUGGCAGCUUUGGCCCUGACCCGCUCCUGGCCCUGCUGGUGGUGAUCCUGCUGGCACGCCUCAUCCUGUGGUCCUGCCUCGGGACCUACAUUGACUACAGACUGGCCCAGCGGCGGCCCCAGAAACCCAAGCAGGACUAGGGCCUCUGCAGGCUGCGGCCUCCACGAGCCCUGUCCCGAGACUCAGCCGGCCCUUCCAGGGGUGGUGGAAGGGAGGGGAGCAGGGCAGGCGCAUGACCCCCAUUUCCCAACCCUGGGGCAGGAGCUCAGAGAGGCCUGAGAUGGAUCGUGCCUGCCCAGGCUGACCAGGGCUGUCCCGUACAGGCAGCUGGCCAUGUGGGGAGACGGAGGGGCUGGCCUUGCAGGUCCAUCACCAGGUUCUGGGGUCCCUGGUUGCAGGGAGUGGUCCUGGGGGUGGGUCUUGCUUUAAGACCUUCUCUGCCUCCAAUUCCUUAUAAAUAUGCCUGCAGGAAGAGCUGGGUAAGCCAGAGGACUCAGGUGGAGGGGCCACAAAGACAAAUGUGACCCCAUCACAAGCUAGCCCUGUUACCAAAGGCCAUGUCCUGUCUCAGCUCACCACCCUCAUAACUAGUCUCCUCCUGCCUCCCAAGGGACAAGAUAAGUGCAGAUGGCUGUCUUGAUUUCUCCAGAGCAGACCCCUGGCAAGGGUCUCAAGACGCACUUGUGAGGCUGAGUUGACCAGCCAGAUGCACUUGGCUCUUGUUGACCCUCUGCACGCUCUCUAAUGGGGUCUGAACCUCAGUUAGGGCACAAUGAUCCCUGCCUCCCUCCCUCAGCAGGACAUCAUGUAGGUGACAAUUUAGGGGACAAGCCAAGGGACCCCCCAAUGCCCUGUGUUCAUCUGUUCCUGCAAAUGUGUGGCUGGGAUGUGCCCAGGAAGGCUGACAGGGCAGGAAAAUUGAUCUGAGGCCAAGCAUCCAGUGCUCCUGCUCCACCUCCCUAGCACAUUAGCGGUGAUGCCAGUGACUUAACCUACAGCUUGGGGAACCUCAGAGGCUCCACAUUCAAGCCUCUUGGGGGAAAUUCGGCAAACACCCAUGCCCAACCUCCACACUGUAUUUCCUGUGAUCGUUCCAGCAGACUCUGGAUUGCAGCGAGGGCUGUUGACUACAUGUGGAACUGUGAGAUGGAAGGGACGAUGGGCGGCAGCUCCAGGGAGGAGCAUCGAGCCAGAUAUCGUCCCUGGGAGGCUGGGCCUGGUGAUGUGGCAGCAUCUUGCUCCCUGGGAGGUGAUGGGCGUGCCAGGGACGCUCGCUCAGGGAACGUGGGCCAAGUCCUCUGAACACGAAGCUUGCCGAGGGGCUGAUUCCUGUGAAUUCUGAAAGGACUUGGGGCGUCCAGCAAGAGCAGGGGCUUAGAUGGUGGUUCCAGGGCUGGUGUUGCUGACUGGGGCGAGUGGACCCCCAGGGUGGGCAUGGAGUGGGGCACUGGCCGGGAGCCUCUGCCUUGCUGUAUCCUGGCUGAAUGACCCCAGGUGAGGACCAGAAACGCUGUUAUCACUGUUUCUGCGGCACCUGAUAGACUCACCUAUGCCAAGGAAACUUUUUUUUUUUUGGUUUCUGCGGGACUUGCCGUGCUCAGAUCCUCCAUUUAAGAGAGCUACAGACAUGGGGGUGCUGGUGAGCAGGAGCCGAGACUGUCUGGGGUGGGACCGACCAAGAGUUCAAGGUGUCCAGGGGGUGACGUGAAGAUGACCUAUCGCAGAGGGUCCCUUCUCAUUCACGCUCUGAAGUCUGCACAGGGGCAGGGGCUACCAUGCUCCAUUUCAGUUUGGCCUCUGUUGUAUCAGCCAGAGGCCAGCAAAACUCUAUGGUCACUUCCCCAUGUCACGGACAAUUUGCCACCCCCACCGGCAGCCCAGGGCUCUGCCUGAAUAUUCUCGCCUGAUCGUAGGAUUGUCAGGAAGUAUGUUCUCAUUGAUCUCUAAGGAAAAUAUUGUUUGCUUUUUAAAAACAUGAUCUUGUACAAUUUUAUUGAU